AAAGAAGUACAAAGAAAGUAGAGAGGGACGCGAAAAGAAAACAAAGAAAGCGGAGAAAAUGCAGCCUUCGAUGGCAUUGUUCCUCUGCCUCUUCCUGGCAUCAACAACACACAGCGCAAGACUCAGUAGGCGCCAAGUUGGAACCGUGGUCGACGUCUCACAAAUUUCCGACGAUCUUCUAAUUUCCCUCUUCGACAACUCGGGUUCUUCCCUUGUCGAAGGUCCUUCUCCAGAGCCGCUUAAUCCUUCUCCCCCAGGAUUUUCCUCGGGCGUGUCCUCCUCCCCCCCUGUUUCAUCCUUCGAUCCAGAUGCUACUGUCACUGGGGCAUGUAGGUGUGUUAAGCAAUGGGAGUGUGCGGAUAACCAUGCGGAGCCACUCGAAGGACCUCAGAAGGAGAACCUUGUCGGAGAUAUAAGAACCGGUAUAGUGGGAGUCGUGAAUCUUAGGCACAAUGGAAUGUGUCCCGAUUUACAGGACGUGUGUUGCCUCUCACCCUUCCCCACAGCCGUCCCGCCCCCCACACCCAGACCCCACUCCCCGAGCUGUGGGACGAUCAAUGGGGAUGGAGUCAUCCUGAACUUCCAGGGAUUUCCGGGUAACCAAGCGCAGUUUGGUCAAUUUCCCUGGAUGGCCGCUCUCAGAACACUCCGGCCGCUCGCCGACGACCCCGCAUACGGCUACAUUGGGGGCGGUUCCCUCGUUCGGCCGGGGGUCGUCAUGACAGCGGCUCACAAAGUGCAUGAUCGUGAGACCCAAGACCUGGUGGUGCGACUUGGCGAGUGGGACUUCAGCUCGACCUCCGAGACCAUCCCGUACCAGGAGAUCGCGGUGCAGCGAGUCAAAAUCCAUCCGCGGUUCAACAGAAGUACCCUCGCCUACAACGUGGCCCUCCUCUAUCUUGAGCGAAACGCAGCCCUAGGCCCCACCGUGGAUACUGUCUGCCUUCCCGAGCACGACCAGUUCUUCGAUGGCGCCCUAUGCUACAGCGGCGGCUGGGGCAAGGACAGCUUCGGCGGCACUGGGAGAUACCAGGAGAUUUUAAAGGUUGUGCAGCUGCCGGCUACCAACUACAGGCAAUGUGAGGCGAUCAUGAGGACGACCAGGCUGGGCAGAGACUUCAACCUGCAUCCGACGUUCAUGUGCGCGGGCGGCCUGGCGGGGGAGGACCUGUGCACGGGCGAUGGCGGCGCCCCGCUCGUGUGCCCAGGACUCACGAACCCAAACCAAUAUGUGCAGGUGGGUAUCUCAUCCUGGGGCAUUGGCUGCGGAAGAGAGGGCAUCCCAGGAGUCUAUGCCUCUGUCAGUGAGCUCAUACCUUGGGUCAAUAGCGAGCUGGAUGCAGGAAUAGGUUUCAAUCCACGUAUUUCGUGAGAGAGAGAGAGAGAAAGAAAGUCCAUUAUUGAAUUACGUUACUAUUCUGGAACGCUAUUUACGAUACCGCUGUAGUUACCACGUCGCACAUAUUUAUUCUCUUCAGGUCUCCUUACCUGUCCGAGUGACCUGUGAGUCAAACAGGUAAAUGAAGAUUGGGUUGGAACAGAGCCAAGUGAGGAUGCGUGUAGCGUAGCCAUUCUAGAAGUUGCGUAAUGAGUUCUUAUUUUUUCUUCUUCUUGCGAAAUGUGUCGAUUCAUUUUACUAUCUAUAAAACCAUAAAACAUCGUAUUUGCUUCCGCAUUUAUUUGAAUGGCAUUAUUUUCUAUUUGUGUCUAUAUUUAUAUUCACCGUGUUAAAUGCUGGGCUGCUGUUUCCUUUAUAAAUAUAUAUUUUUUUCUCUUCGCGAAAGGAUAUUUAUCAUAAAAGAUGUAUUAGUUACUGAGGGAGGUAGAUGAUAAUACUCAAACUGAUAUUGAUAUAGGUAUAUAAGUUUGUAUGCAGGCACGUUUUUGUGAAUUGCAAAUGUGAAUUUACUGCCCUUGUGUGUGUGUGUGCUUGUUUAUGCAUUCACACAGUGUAUAUUAAGAAAUGUAAGUAAAUAAACUUAUAUCGUUAA